AUGCUCACCACUAUACCACCAACGCUGCACAGCCCGGGCCGCCCCCGGACGCCGGCCCAGGCUCCGCACCAGCGCCUCCUCGCCCUCUCGCCACCGCCUCCGCCGCCUGCCGCAGCCCUGCCCCGACGUGCCGGCCGGCCGCAGCUCUGCGCCGUCGCGGGCGCCACCAGCGGCCGCCCGGCGCCCCACCCGCGCCACCCCCACGCAGCCCUGGCUGCUCCGCAGGCACGACCGCCCGCCGCCUCCGCCGCCCGCCUCUGGGGGGCGCUCUCGCCGCCCUGCGGCUCCCGGGCCCUCGGCUGCCCGCCGGGGAGCCCCGCCCCUUGCCCCCUGCCCCCGUCGGCCCGGCCCCCACGGCCACCUCCACGGGCAGCCCGGCAGCCGGGCAGCUGUCCGUCGCGUGAGCGAGGAGCCCGUGGCGGCCAGCCUCCCGUCAGGAGGUCCCGGCUGGGCUGGGCCGAGCCCGCACGCGCCAGGGCGCCAGGGCGCCAGGGCCGACGAGGAAGGGCAGGGGGUGCGGGGGGUCGGGUCGACGGCGGGCAGGACGGGCCCCCGCGGUCGCCCCGCGCCUCUGGCCGCACGGGGCCGGGCGGAGGCACGAGGGAGGAGAAGGAGGACAAGGAGGAGAAGGAGGAGAAGGAGGGCCCUGGGGGCCGGCGUACGUUUGGGCAGCGCGGCGGCGGCGCCCGCGACCAAAAGAGGGCGUGUCUCGCCUCCCCGUCGGGGAAUCGAACCCCGGUCUCCCGCGUGACAGGCGGGGAUACUCACCACUAUACUAACGAGGACGGCGGCGGCGGCCGCCCGGGCGCCCGACCCCUCUCCGCCCGCCCGCCCGCCCGCCGGCCUGCCUGCCUGCCCACGCCCACCCGGGCCCUCGACGUCCCGCGCGCCCGUCCUGCCAGGCGCCCGCCACGUGCCCCGGGCCACGGCCCACCCGGCCCGCCCCCCCGGCCGCCGCGUCAGCGCGCACAGCAGUCCCCCGGCCCGACUCGGAGCGUCGCGCCCCCGGACCCGCCGCCGCCCCCGCCCAGCCGCGCGGGGAUGGCGGCGGGAGAAGACGCCCGACACGGCAAGCAGGGCUGCGCGAGCGAGCCGGAGGCCCCGCGCCGGGGAUGGGCCGCGGCGGGCGGCGGGGGCGGCGGGGGGCCGGACGCCGGCAGCAGGGCCAGCCGCGGGCCGAAAUGCCGGCAGCCCCGCGCGGGCCGGGCCACGCUCCCACUGAGGGGCGCGCCUCGCUCGCCUCCUCGCUCUCCCAGCCCCGCCCUACACCUCCCCCCGCCCGCCCGCCGGGAGCGCGGGGUCCCCACGGCCUGUCCUUUCCGCCGGCCCCCAUUCAUUCCGUGGUCUCCACCCCCUCCGUCCCCGGGGCGCCCACGAGGCGUGGCCACCCGGAGGCCUCACCACGGCCACACGCCCGCCAGGCGGGCAGCCGAGCCCUCCGCGCGCCAGCCAGAGACGGGACCCCCGCCCCGUUCGCUGGGCCUGGCCCGGGGGGGCGGGGUGGGGUCCACCCCGCCGUGGUGGCUCCGGGGAGCCCUGAGCGCAAGGCAGCCCUGCCUCCCCGGGCCCCCUCCGCGCCGGAAGCCGCUGCGGGGCCGGGGCUCCAGGACGCCAGCGCGCUCCCUCACCGCGCCGCCCGCCAGCCAGCCAGCCGGCGGCCGCUCCGCCCAAGCGCACCUGCCGGCCUCACCCCCACCGCAGCCCAGCCGGCCCCGACGGAGAGCUGCGGGCAGAGCUCACACGCCUUUCUUUGGCCUCUUGGCUUGGGCGCUACUCGGCGGCCCCCAUCUCCGACGACGACACCGACGCCGACACGCACACACGCGCACCCACACCCCCCCCCCCACCCCGCGGCACCCCGGGAGCGCACACAAUCCGAGCUCCGGGCCCCAGCCGGCCCCCGCCGGCGCGCACUGCACGGGCCGGAGAGCCAUCCGCCCAUGGGCCUUCGGGGGGGGCGCCGGGAGGGAAGGGAAGGUCCGCGCUGAGCUGCGCCGGCCACAGACGCCCCGCGCUGCCUGGGAAUCGGGCGCGGGUCAGGCUUGGCCAGGCUGCUCCUCCCGGCAGGACAGUGUCUGGCGGCGGCCCCGCCCCAGGGAGAGGGCGCAGGGUGAGCCGAGUCCGCCUCGGGGCCUCGCUGGGACCGUGGGCGCCGCGCGCCGGCCCGAGCCCGAGCCCGAGCCCGAGCCCGAGCCCUCGGCGCAUCUGCACGGGCGCGGAGCCUGUCUUGCAGACCGCGGGCCCGCCGCCCGCCCCCGCGCAGCGGGUGCUCACCACUGGCCGUGCCGGGACGACGACGAGCGCCGCUGGGGAAGCCGUCUGGUGGCCGCCGCCACCGGUGCAUGGCCCCGGGAUGCUCUCUAUGGCCACCUGGCCGCGGUCUCCUUCAAACACGGGCCACUCCCCACUGCUAAAGUCACCGCGAGCACCAGGUCCAUGCAGCCUAGCCAGCACCGGCGCCAGCACACCCAGCCUCGAGGGACAGCGCCACCGCCACGGCUGUCACCAGCACGUCGGGUCCACGAACGGCGGCGCACCAGCAUGGGCAUCACGGCCAAGGGCACGGAGGUCACCUCCCCCCCUCGCCCGGCCUCCACGACCCCCGCAGCACUUGGUCCACCACCAACCCCCAGGACCACCAUCCCCACACCAGCACCAGCACCAGCACCAGCACCAGGACUACCACCACCAUGCCAGAAGCAGUUGUACCAGCAGCAGCAGCAGCAGCAGCAGCAGCAGCGGGACGUGCCCACCGCCAGCAGGCCAGCGUAG